ACAAAAAUUGUCAACUACUCAUCACAUCGCAAAAGUGAAAUGUUUCAAGCUACUGGCAGGGCAGCUCCGGCAAUGCCUGUUAUGUUUCCAUGUUCGUCAAGGCGACCGGUUAUCAUCCCUCUCCGGAACCUAAAGACCUUCAAGCCUCUCGCAUGCCUCGAACUAAAAAGAGGCAAAGGAAUGAGUGGGUUCCAUGAGAUUGAACUUAAAGUUCGCGAUUAUGAAUUGGAUCAGUUUGGUGUUGUGAACAAUGCUGUUUAUGCAAACUACUGCCAACACGGUCGACACGAGUUCAUGGAGAGUAUCGGUAUCAACUGUGAUGAAGUAUCCCGUUCUGGUGAAGCCUUGGCGAUUUCUGAGUUUACAAUAAAGUUCCUUGCACCUCUACGUAGUGGAUGUAAAUUUGUGAUGAAAUCAAGGAUAUCGGGAGUAUCUGUGGCGCGCAUUUACUUUGAACAGUUCAUCUUUAAACUUCCAAAUCUAGAGCCUAUUUUGGAGGCAAAAGGAACGGGUGUGUGGCUUGACAACAAGUACCGUCCUGCUCGUGUCCCAUAUCAUAUACGCUCUAAUUUCGUUCACUUCCAACGUCAAGACAUGACCAUUUGAUUUGUUUCAAAAUUCUUAUGUUUUAUUUAUAUGUUGUAAAAUGCGAGACAUUUUCAUAUCA